AUGGCUUCCACCGAUGAAAUCCUCUUUGUCGUGAUGAUUGUUAUCCUCUUCUUCAUCGCUCUCCUUGCCCUCGUCUACCUUAUUCACAGGAUGACAGGUCCUCGCCAGCAGGAGCAGGUCCAGUUUGUUACGGCAUCUCAACUAGAGGCUAUGCGACCCUCAACCCUCAAACAAGUGCACACGGGUAGUAACCGACAGCCCAGCUGGGGUCUGAAGGAUGGCCAGGCACGCACGGCUGGCCAACUGCCUCCACUUUCAGAUUGGAAGAUAGACGGAUUCCAGCAAAAGGUUCGGCCAUUGUCUGUCAUGGCAGAGACGAUUGUCCGUCCAAGCUCUGUACGCCAGCCAUCGUUCAAGCCCAUGCAAUCUAUGAUACGUAACCCCUUGGGUGUUCCUACAAUUGUACUCAACGAAGACCCAAACCUGGCCAAAUCAGCGUACGCACUCCCUCCACCUGCCUAUGGGGAUUAUCGGGCGUCGCGACCAGUUAGAUGUGAUGAAACACCGUUCAAAUUUACUGGCAAAAAUUAAUAUUAUGAGAGAAUAUUAUCAAAGUAAAAAAAAAAUCAAAAUCAAAAUCAAACAAAGCAUAGAUUUUCUUCCUUUCCUUCUCUCCCUUUCCCCCUCUAUUACUCCUUUUCCCCUUAUUCAUAUAUUCAUUCAUAAUAUUCAUUCUAUUUCCUUGUACAAUAUCUCGUCCAAAAACCAUAGAAAUAUAUCAAGAAACAAUAAACUGAAUGGUAUCUUUUAUUAUCU